GUUGCACGCGACUAUAUCAAUAUUCGAUAUGAAGUGCGCUUGGGUAUUGCUGUUUGUCUUGGUGGAGUUGCUGCACCAAAUGGCGUGCGAGCAAUCCUAUGUGGUGAGCAAUGAAAAACUGGAGCCUUUCGAUGGCGAAUCGGACACACUUGUGCGCUUCGACAGCUUGAAGACGAUAGGACGCGAACGUGCGCUAAAUGGUUCAUUUACUUUUCUGGGCGAUAUGAGCAAUGACGACUUCAAAGUUUCGGUUGAGCUAUACUCCAGCCCCAAUGGCGAUGGCGAUUUCAAACGCAUGGUCAUGGAUGUGCCGCAAACUAGCAUAUGCGAGUGUUUCAAGAAGUUCUAUGUACAAUUUGUGCAGCCCUCGUUAAAACAGGGCGAAACAACCAAUUUCCCCAUUGUGGAUGAGGACACAUGUCCCAUACCUGAGGGCACUUACUACAUCAAAAAUGUGCUCUUUAAUACCGAGGAUUGGCCGCAGCAGGUGCCGCGUGGCAUUGUCAAGGCCAUAAUUACAUUCUGGAGUGGUGGAAAAAAUGUUGGUGGACUCAUAGUGGUGGUGAAGAUUGAGGAUCGGCAAAGCUAGAUCUCCAGCUGCGAACUACGAAUUGCAUAUUGCACAUUGUACUAGCAGAGUUAAUUGUUAAAUAGUUCUAGCACGCAUAAAGGUCUUUGAAAGCG